AUGUCACAGGGCGAGUUUGUACACUUGCCUUCAUACGCCUUUGGAUCUUCAUCUCGUCAACGACCCUCACUGGAAGACCGAGAUUGGCUACCGUCUCCCCGUCUCCCGACAGCCAUCUCGGACAAACACUCCCGACGCUGGCGUUACAAAUGUCUAGCAUUGCAGCACUAUCUCCUCCGCCCCCGCAUUAUUAUCACUGUACUCAAAGUUGCGGUGCCUUGUAUCAUACUGCUGAUCUUAGGGGGGCUCCUCGUCUGGGAACCCCAUAUUGAACUCGCGUUCUACUCGCGCGAAUGGAUCCAGAGCGAAAUAGAACCUAUCCUCCCACUCUCGGAUUGUUUUCGUCCCGAACGCGUCUCACCGCUUUACAAUGUGAGUGAAGCUAUCUACGGGCUCAAGCAGACAGAAGUACAGGCGGGUCUGCCACUGCGGCUUGGAAUGGACUGUUACGAUUUCGCGGGGACGAUCCAAGAUGCUAGCGGGAGCAUAACCUCAAAUGAAGGAAUUACUUUCUAUCAUACAUAUUGGCGUUCAGAUCUGGCCCCUUUCGGUACUCGGCAAGAAUGGAUGUUGAAAUCAUUCUUCGCGACGCAGAAUACUGACAAUGUGCGCCUCAUCCUCUGGUCAAAUGGAGAUCUAUCCAGAAACUCGAUCUUGGACUAUUGGUUGCGGCGAUAUCCAGAGGCGUUCGAGCUCAGAAUUGUCGACUACAACGAACUGGCACGGGGCACGGAGUUGGCAGGCAGCGAGUUGUUGAUGGUAAAGGAUUCGAGGGCAUGGAUUGACGGAGACUUGGUGCGGUUGCUGGUACUAUGGGCAUUCGGAGGAGUUUGGGUGGACAUGGACUCCUUGCUUACGCGGGAUCUUUCUCCUCUACUCGACCACGAAUUUGUGACACAAUGGGAUUGCUAUGACAAAAUGUACUCACCCUUUAAUGGUGCUCUCAUGCGCUUCCGCCAACAUUCUCCAUAUCUAUGCGAAGCCUUCCAUAUAAUGACGACGUCGCAGCCGCCUAGGAAAGGGACAACGGACUGGGGGUCACUGCUCUACCUCAAGCUCUGGAGGCGACUCGUUGCCGCGUCCAUCCCGCCUUUCAAAGUACUACCGUUUUGCUUCUCGGACGGACGUUCAUGUAGGCUCGACAAUCGUCUUCCUGACCCAUUCACUCCCGACCCAGUGAAUGGGCGCUGGACGAUGGGUCUGGGAAGGGAAGAAGGAGGCGGCCUGGACAAAGUGCUCGGACAAAUAUUCUCUAUACAUUUACACAAUCAGUGGGAAAAGGUCUAUCCUAUCGGAGGAUGGGUUGAGAGGCUGCUACUCCAGAAAUAUGAAGAUGGCUUGGCUCGGACAAGAUAG